AUGGUGAGGGGCAAGAUUGUGAUUAGGAGGAUUGAGAACAUGAGCAGAAGGCCGGUCACAUUCUCCAAGCGGCGUCAUGGCCUGCUGAAGAAAGCACGUGAGCUGGCCAUCCUCUGUGAUGUCGAGGUCGGCGUCAUUGUCUUCUCCACCGGUCACCUCUACGAGUAUGCCAACUCCACCGCCGCCACCAGCAUGGGCACGACCAUGCCUUCCAUCAUUCAAAACUACCAAUCUGCACAAGAGCAACAUCAGCUGCUGAAUCCAGUGUCACAAGUCAUGUUUUGGCAAGAGGAAGUCAGGAAAUUACAGGAGGAAAUGCAGAUGCUUGAAGAACAUCAUAGGUACAAGUCCUUAGAAGCUAAUAUGGGGGAGAGAUUAUCAAACUUAGCAGUCACAAACAUAUGUUUAAUGGAAAAUCAGCUGGAGAAGAGCUUACACCGUAUUAGAGAAAAGAAGGUAGCUGAGCUCGCUCUGUUUGUUCUUAUUUAUGCUAAUCAUUGUACCCUCUUCCAUAAUCACGACACUAACAUUGUUUUUUAG